GCGGGGGAGGUGUCCCGCUGGUGAGCGGCGCGGCGGCGUGCUCUCGGGGUUCCCCGCACCCGCAGGGCCCCAGACUCCCCGAACAAGGACCGCCCGCCUGGAAACGCAGCGGACCGCGUCGGAGGUCGGAGCAAACACAUUCUCGGGUGAAGAUAAAGAAAAGAAAAGAAUUGGCACUGGAAGCAUCUGCGUGUGCAAGAGUGUUGGGCCUGGUUUGCGAUGGGGUCGCAGGUGUCCGUGGACGUGCGCGGUGUGCACGUGGUGAUCGUGGGUGGGGGCUUCGGUGGGAUAGCGGCCGCCAGCCAGCUGCAGGCACUGAACGUCUCCUUCACACUGGUGGACAUGAAGGAUUCCUUCCACCACAAUGUGGCCGCGCUCCGGGCCUCCGUGGAGAGUGGGUUUGCCAAAAAGACAUUCAUUUCCUACGCGAAGAGCUUCAAGGACAGCUUCCGGCAGGGCCUGGUGGUUGAGAUCGACCUGAAGAAUCAGAGGGUGCUGCUGGAGGACGGCGAGGUGCUGCCCUUCUCACAUCUUAUCCUGGCCACGGGCAGCACUGGGUUCUUCCCUGGCAAGUUGAACCAAGUCUGCAGCCAGCAGGAAGCCAUUCAGGCCUACGAGGACUUGGUGAAGCAGGUCCAGCGCUCCCAGUCCAUCGUGGUGGUGGGCGGAGGCUCCGCGGGAGUGGAGAUGGCAGCGGAGAUUAAAACAGAACACCCCGACAAGGAGGUCACUCUCAUUCACUCCCACGUGGCCCUGGCUGACAAGGAGCUCCUGCCUUGUGUCCGGCAGGAAGCGAAGGAGAUCCUGCUCCAGAAAGGCGUGCAGCUGCUGCUGAGUGAGCGGGUGAGCAACCUGGCGGAGUUGCCUUUCAACGAGUACCGAGAGCGCAUCAGUGUCCAGACGGACAAAGGCACUGAGGUGGCCACCAACCUGGUCAUUGUCUGCAACGGUAUCAAGAUCAACAGCUCUGCCUACCACAGUGCAUUUGAGAGUCGACUGGCCAGCAACGGUGCCCUGAGGGUGAACGAGUACCUCCAGGUGGAGGGCUGCAGUCACAUCUACGCCAUUGGCGACUGUGCCGACGUGAAGGAGCCCAAGAUGGCCUAUCACGCGGGCCUCCAUGCCAACGUCGCCGUGGCCAACAUCAUCCACUCCAUGAAGCAGAGGCCUCUCAAGGCCUACAAGCCCGGUGCGCUGACGUUCCUCUUGGCCAUGGGGCGAAAUGACGGCGUGGGCCAGAUCAGCGGCUUCUAUGUGGGGCGGUUCAUGGUUCGGCUGGCCAAGAGCCGGGACCUGUUCAUCUCUACGAGCUGGAAAACCAUGCGGCAGUCUCCACCCUGAUGAGGAGGGUGGCAGGAGACGAGGUACCACCUUCGCCAGGUGAACGGAUUGCUUGACAAGUGGUACCUGCCUGACAAAUGCCAAAGGGCACUCUUUCUGGAGUAAGAUGCUAGGGAUGUACUCACCGGAAACACAACUUAUAGAGAAUCGAGAGAGAGAAUUAAAAAGACACCCCUCUAGAGGAUUCUUUCUGGGUUUGAAAAGGUCUGCUUGCCAUGUGCUGGCCGAAUGCAUCACUUGGUCCUGGGAGGGCAAAGUCGGCCUUCUCUGCCCCAGGCUCCUGGCGGAUGUUUGUGCAUGUGCCCAUGGGGUGUGGCAUUCAGAGCUCUCAGAACAGGAGAGAGAGCUGGGUCUCCUGAUGGCUGGCAUAGUGUCCGAAGGGCAGGAUGGAGGGCCUGCCACGUGGGACCAGCUAAGGAAGGAGAUCUGCACCGUCUUUCCCACCGCUGCGAGGGGGGGAAGUCCACACGUCCUGCAACACUCAGGUUAAUAGGAGCCUGUUUUUAAACCGUUAGUCCCUACAUUCUUUAAUUUUAAUGAAACUUUCUAUAUUUCCGUUUUUAGACCCUGAUCAUAUAUCAUAGGUUACAUUUAAGAAGAGAUAAAAAUUUCCCUCUUGGUUAGUUCGUUCUAACUGGGUUUUUACAAAGCUAUCAAGAUCGGAACCUUGCCUGCCAGCCGCUGGAGGUGUUUAAGGAAAGGCAGCCGGGGGGGGGGGGUGUUCAGUAGAUGAACCCCUGUGUGCUUCCGGGCUGCCAUCAAGGGCAGAUUUGUAAGUGGCAAAACUCUGAUGCUGGGGACCCUUUGUGGUUUUGUGCUUCUGGUUUGUUGGCCAACCCUAAUGCCACUUGUCUGGAGACUCAGCCAUGUGGCAAUAAUGCCUGCCAGCUGCAUUAUAAAUGACUCCUCUAUUGGGAAGAGAACUUCCAACCUGGAGGAGCCUAUUUUGGACCAAUAAGUUGACUCUACAGCAGAAGUGGUUGAUGAAUUCAUCUGAAUAAACAGGUUCUGCCCCUGCCCACCCUGCUUACUUUUGAUGGUGGCUUCUGGGUUCUUGGCCAGAGUCCUUGGCCAACAGCCUCACUGGGGUGCUCACUACAGCCCAUCUGGGCUGUGGCCUGGGCCUAAUGAGACAUGUGCCUCUCUCCCAAAGUGUGGCUGUCCCCCCAGAGCUUCGCCCAGGGCCGCGUUCCCGCGGACCAAGACCGACUAGCCCCCACCCCUCUGGAAGCAGCCUGACGCCUGAGAAACGAAGGCCCUUUUGUGCUGUCCGACACGGCGCCUACCGUGGCGGGAGUCUCAGCCCUUAGAGACGGGCCUUACGCUAUUUAUAAUAUUCUAGACGUGUCCACACCCAUGGGGACAGUUUUCUA